UAUGGAAUCUGCAAUGGUUGCUCUUGUAGUUGAAAAACUUGGCAAGAUGAUGAUAGAGCAGAUAAAUAGGGAGGCUUCACUUGUUCUUAACUUCAGAGAGGACUUUGAAUGGCUGAGCACGAAACUUACAAGAAUAAGAAGCUAUCUCAGAGAAGCAGAUCUCCGAAGUGCACACAAUGAGUCAGUGAAAAGCUGGCUGCUGGAUGUUGCAGAGAUUGCUUUGGAUGCAGAGGACAUACUGGACGAAUGUGCUGUUCAAUCUGAAGGUACUGAUAAUGAAAGCCCCCAAUCCUCUUGUGUUUGUGCUUUCAGCUAUUCUCAAUUAGUGUUCCGCCGUAAAAUGGCACGUCGGAUUAAAGAUGUGAAAGAGAGAAUGAGGUCCAUUCUGAAACUUGAUGGAGAGGAGCUGAAGCUUGUUGGGGAUGUCACUCAUUCAGACCAACCCUCUACAAGUACAGCACAGAAUGUAAACUGGAGGGGUUUCAAUAUGAUAGAGAGGGAUUCACAUCCAGCUGUGGCUAUUGAGUCAAAGGUUGAAGAAAUCCUCCACCUGCUCGAUGACCCUGCUGCUCCUGUCAUCGCCGUUGUUGGUAUGGGCGGCGUUGGGAAGACAUUUUUAAUGCAAAAUGUUUUCAGCAGAAUAAAGGAUAAGUUUGAGAAGUCAAUCUGGCUCGCUAUUUCUCAGACUUACUCCCUUAAAAAGUUGCAAGCUUCUUUGGCCAUGGAACUAGAUUUGAACGAGGUUGUCAAUGAGAGGGUAGAUGAGGUAAAGGCAGCAGAGCUGAUUCAUGGCCGUUUAGCAAGCAGAAAGUUCCUCAUUGUGUUGGAUGAUGUGUGGAGGGCAACUGAGCAAGAGAACUUGGUAUUGGCACUUGGCAUUCCAAGGGGGAAUAACCCUGAGAGCAAAAUUGUGGUCACAACACGAAGCAGACAUGUGAGCAGCAACAUGAUUGCUCGUGUUUAUGAGCUGCAACCUUUAUCAAAAGAGGAGAGCUGGAACCUGUUUUGCGCUUUUGCCUUUAAAGGAAAUCAGCCAACACAUCAUCUUGAAGGGAUUGCUCGUCAAGUGGAAGGGGAAUGCGGGAGAUUGCCCUUGGCUGUUAAAACAGUGGCAGCAUCUCUGGCGAACACGACAUUAUCUAGGGAGUGGGAAUCUAAAUUGCAGCAGCUAAGAGCGGCAUCGUCUACCGAGGAUCCAAUUAUGCAGAUUCUCAAGCUAAGUUAUGAUUCUCUCCCUGCUCAUCUUAAGCCCUGUUUUGUGUAUCUUUCUUUCUUUCCCGAAGAUGAGGAAAUAGACUACCAAUAUCUCAUAAAUCUGUGGGUGGCGGAAGGAUAUAUUCCUCAAGGAGACGACCAACUAGACAUUGGAUGGAGUUAUUUAUGUCAUCUUCAAAGUCUAUGUCUGGUCGAGAGAGUACAUGUCGUGGUCGAGGGAGUACAUGACGUGGAGGUUGUUCCUGGUAAGGGUUUGUUGUAUACAAUGUUCAAAGUGCAUGAUUUAUUACUUGAUUUGGCCAUUAGCAUAGCAAAAGCAAGUCAAUGUGCAUUUAGUGUGGAGGAAGCCUUCAAGAAAGAUCUCACUGUGCAAACAGGCAGGACUUGUCGCAGAAUUUUAAUGGGUAAGAUAAGCAUAGGUGAUGAUGAUGUAGAGAUAAUGGUAAGAAACAGGGCAUAUUCUGCAUCAUAUCUUCGCACUAUAUCCUUUUCAAAUAAUUCGGGCAUUCAAAAUAUUCCACCAAUCUUGAUCAAUGGUGCGAGAGUACUGCGUGUACUUGACUUGAGUAAUACUGGAAUCUCGGCAUUGCCCACUUGUGUUGGAAAUUUAAAGCUCCUUAGAGUUUUGAAUUUAAGUUGGACAAAUAUUACCAAGGUACCAGAAUGUGUAAGAAGUAUUAAGGGUCUUCGCUUCCUUGACAUUUCUUUUUGCAGCCGUCUAGAUCAGUUCCCUGAGUGGAUUGGUGAACUUAAUUGCCUGGAACAUCUGGAUAUACGCUCAUACAGUGAGAAAUCCGUGCCGAAAGGAAUAUCAAAGCUUGUGUCUUUACAGGUAUUGAAAUUAGAUGAUAAGAACAAACUAUCUGUGGAAGACAAUGACUUCUUACAGUUGCAGCAUUUUGUCAAUUUGGUCAACCUCCGUGAAGUGUGGAUAAGUAUUCAUCACGACGCUGAAUUGAAGAGUAUAGAAGAUGGCAUCCUCGCCCCUUUGGUGAAGAUGCGUGAUUUGGCAAUAUUCAAUUAUGCUAGAUAUGAAAAAUUGCAAGGCAUUGCCAAAAGGGUUUGGGAAGCCCGGGGGAUUUUCAUAAUUAAUGACUUUGAGGUGUUGGAGGAGUUGCCAGAAUUAGAAGAUGGAGCGAUGCCACGUCUUGAGAUACUAGAAGUACGCUCAUGUGAGAAUCUAAAGAAACUUCCAUGUGGAUUAGAGCUCUUGAAAAGUCUCAAAGAGUGUGGCUUGUACCGCAUGAAGGUGACACAAAUGUCUGAGAGUAGGGAAUUAUUGAAAAAACUGAAAGCCAAUAAUCCCAAUGUCAAAAUUUACAGUCUAGAAAACUGA